CUGGGCAGCUGCUGAGGCCGGCGGCGGUGGCACCCGCGGCUGGGGUCUGCAGAGUGUAAGUUGAGUGAAGAUUGGUACCAUACCUGUCUGGUUCACCUUGUUCCUCAGUGCUUAGCCUCAUACCUGGCAUAGAAAAUGUACAUUUGUUGAAUGCUCAUUAAACUUUGAUGGAGAAGCUCACUUUUGUUGGAAGCUCUCUUCAUGAUAGAAGUGGCCUGACAACUGGGCAUCGAAGAGGGUAAAACUUGAAGUUUUCACGAAUCACAAUAAUUUUUAGAUGAUAUUAAGAAGGUAAUCAUGAACACCAAAGAUUUUGUAGUUCUUCCAUGGGGAAAACCUGGAAAUUCUGUAAAGCUAAAAUAUAAAGAUGCUCAAGAACUGAGGAUGGAGAAAGUACGGUUAGAGUUGGAGAACCAAGAGAUGGAAAAGAAACUACAGGAGUUCCAAUCAACAAGGAGCAAAGAAAAGGAAGAAAGAGAGUCAAGUGGAUAUCACUGGAAAUCUGGACAAGUGGGCAAAUUGGGUAAUCAAUCACACAUGAUGUCGCAAAUUAAAGGAAAUAUUAUUAAGUUUUCUGCUGGAAAAGUGAAAUUAAAAUUACUGAAGGAGCAGCUUCAAGAGCCGGUGAAACAACCACUUAAUUGUAAAAUGGCAAAUUCUCCUGAAAGUGAAAAACCCAAGAUAAAAGGGAAGGUUUGUGGACAGUGCGAGAACAAAGCUGCUCUGCUAGUAUGCCUUGAAUGUGGGGAAGAUUAUUGUUCAGGAUGCUUCGCUAAAAUUCACCAGAAGGGGGCACUGAAGCUCCACAGAACAACUCUUUUGCAGGCAAAAUCUCAAAUGUUAUCUAAUGUAUUGGAUGUUGCCCAUCGGUUUAUAAAGGAAGUUAAUCCAGAUGAACCCAAGGGAGAGAAUCAUUCAACAAAAAAGAUUAGUAAAAGUCAGCAUAAACCCAAAUCUCUUUUGCAGGGGAGCAGCUCUGAGGUAAAAAUUUCAACAACAAGAAGAGCAGAAUGUACAAAUCCAAGAGAUAGGCUCUUGUGUGGAGGAUCAUUUGAUGAAGAAGCAUCUGCCCAGUCCUUUCAGGAAGUUUUAAAUCAACAUGGAACUGGACAUCAUGAUGACAAUGAGAAACAGAACUUACAAGCAGCAAAAGCAGACUCACUGGAAGAAUGUGAAGUACAAACUAAUCUAAAAAUUUGGAGAGAGCCACUUAAGAUUGAAUUUAAAGAAGACAGUUUAUCCUAUAUGGAAAAAUUAUGGCUUAAAAAACACAGGAGAACUCCACAGGAGCAACUUCGAAACAUGCUGCUGGAGACAUUCAUACCUCAGUGUAAAACCGCCAGUGAGGCACAGUGUUCUCAGAAUGAAAAUGAUGAAGAUAGUGAUGUUGAGGAGACCAAAGUACAACAGCCAGCUCUUUUUCUGCCAGUAGAAGAAAUAAACGUAGAGAGGCCUGAACCAUCUUUAAAAAUAGUCGAACUAGAUGAUACUUGCGAAGAGGACAUUGAAGAUCCAGGGAACUUCGUGCCUUACAAAGUUGAGUUAGCUGAUGCAGACAGCCAGCAAAGUUGCUCAUUUCAUGAUUAUCAGAAUACUUUUCUGUAUGAAAACGACAUCCAUCAACAUCAUGUUUUCACCAAGGGAAAAACAGACCUCUUACGUCUUCAUUUGAGCAAUAGCUCUUCUUAUGGCAAAGAUAAUUCAAAAGCAGGAACUUCAAAUACAGAUUGUGACAUCAUUGUGGAUCCUGAUGUUUAUUCUCCUGCGGUUGAAAAAUUAGGAGAAAGCAGCUUUUUGGAAAGAACUUUCAGAGAGCAAAGUAUAGAUACAGAAAGUAAUAAAAAAUCUGUUGACUCCUGCAUAUCACUUAGGGGCAAGGAUUCUUUGCCAAAUAUAGAUUUAGAAAAUCCUUCCAGUAAGGAGAAAUUAUCUCAAGACAUCAAAGAAUCCUUGGAAUUUAGCAAUCUGCAUGAGAGGCCAAACUUUGAAGAUUCUAAACCUACAGAGUCACCACUGUUGUUACAAGAAAUAGCCCUCAGAAGUAAGCCUAUAAGUGAACAAUAUCAAGGACUUGAAAGAUUCUUUGUUUUUGAUAAAAGUGAAAGACUCAACUUACUUCCUUCUCCUAGCUUAGAACGCAGCUAUUCCAGUGCUAGGAUUACAAUUGCAGGGGACAGAGAAUGGGUCCCAGAGUGUAGCAUAAGCGCGUAUGCUGAUGACAGAGUUGCCCUGGGUGUUCUGCAGAGAGCCCAGACCCCGUCAUCAAUCGGUACUCAGCAGAAGACGGGUCAGACAUCACAGAGACCUUCAAUGGCAAAUUUACCACUUUCCAACUCUGUUAAAAGAAGCUCCAGCUGCCUUUCCUCCCCUCGUCCUCGAUCAAGAAGUGCAGCUGCUCCAUCAUUAUCUAGAGCUGCUUCUGAAAUUUCGGAAAUUGAAUACAUUGAUAUUACUGACCACAAUGAGCCUUUCUUAGAUGGCACUGCUGAUCAACAAACCUUAGACAGUUUGGAAAAAGAAUUAAAUGUGAUGAGAAAUCUUGCAGAUCCUUCAGAAAAACUUCACAGCCUAACCUCAGAAGAGUUAGCAGCCUUCAACAACAAUUCGCUGAAUAUAAGUCAGACUACCCUGGAUUUCCUUAAGACAUCACGUGCGAGGGGUCCCUGUGGAGCUGAGGACCUGAGCUCUUCUGAAAAAGAUACCGAAAUUCAGUCUUCGCUGACACUUUCUGAGAGCAGCACAGAUGAGGAGGAAGAAGAUUUUCUUGACAAGCAACAUGUCAUCACACUUCCAUGGUCAAAGAGUACCUAAGGAUAUUUGCUCACUACUGUUUCCAUUUUACACCCAGAGUAAAACAAACAACUGAAAAUGCAACCAAGUGAUUACCUGUCCAAGAGAUCUUGAUUAUUAAUGUCUCUGAUAUUUCCAGGUUUACAGACUAAUAAAAGUUACUGAAAUUAUAA